UUGACAUAUGACAAUUGUUUGUUAUUAUUUACUUUGCAAAGUGCCCACUGUUAUUUGGCAAAUAAUUUUAUUGUCGCUGAAAUCACAAAAUGUCAUCUCAAAAUGAGGAAAAAAAGAUAUUAAUGCCGCACCACGUUCAGCAACCUCUAUGUACGACAAGACUGGCGUACAGACAAGGAAGAAUAUUCACAGCUGUGAAAGUAUAUACCAUAAAUGAUGAGUCAACCCAUCUGCUAAUCUUCGGUGUUCCGCUGAACCUUCGGCAAGAAACAAAAUCCCUCUGCAGUAAGUUCGGAAGAGUAUUACAAUUGCAUCUCGCACCAAAAUAUCCUACAGAACCUUUUACAGAAACUUAUCAUGUGCUGUUUGAGAAAAUACAAUGUGCAAGAAUUGCCAAGAAGAUGCUGGAUGGACAAAAACAAUAA